AUGAGGGGGAACUACGUGGUGCCUGUUGCUCCUCCACAGCGAGCACACAUAAAACACCGACUGGAUAUUUUACGUUUUUACUUUUUAAAAUAAAGUUAUUCCACAAUGUCCUGUUUACAUAAACGUCCGAAAAGGACGAAAUCCGAGGAGCAGGCUUUCCAGGAGCAGAUGAAAAAAGUUGCGCAGGAGAACGGAAAACGUCUAGGUUUGGAGGGAGAUCCAGAUCUGCAGUUCCUGCUGGUCGGUGGAGAGCUAGUCAAAAUUCGCUCGAGAUCCUGGAAGAAGAAUCGCUUCUUCAAACUGCAGGAAGACUGCAAGACGUUGUGGCAUGAGUCCCACAAAACAUUCAGGCGAAACCAGACUUUCUCCAUCGAUGACAUUGAUUCAGUGCGCAAGGGCCGUCAGUCCGAGGGGCUUAACAAACACACCGACCCCAGUGUCGAAGAGCAGUGCUUCUCCAUCAUCUUCAAGGGCCGCAAGAAAAAUCUUGACCUAAUGGCGGCCAGUGGGGUGGAGGCGAAACAAUGGGUCAACGGCCUGGAUAAGAUCAUGAACAACUUGCGCAACCUCAGCCGCCAGCAGAAGCGUGAGCAUUGGAUCAUCAACUGCAUGCGGAAAGCAGACAAGAACGAGGACAACAAGAUGACCCUGAAGGAGUUGAAACACUUCCUGAGACAGAUUAACGUCGAAGUUGAUGACACUUAUGCAGCAGAAAUUUUCAACAAAUGUGACAAGUCCAACUCAGGCUCCCUUGAGGGCUCAGAGAUCAAGCACUUCUAUGACCUGCUAACGCAGCGGGAGGAGAUCGACGUGAUUUAUGAGAGCUACGCUCAAACAGAGGGUCAGAUGAGUGCCAGAGACGUGCUGAACUUCCUGUUGAAUGAGCAGAGGGAGCAGGUUACCAUGGAGGAUGCUGUCAAGCUGAUUGAAAAAUAUGAGGUGGAUGAGACAGCAAAGCAGAAGAAGCACAUGACCAAAGAUGGUUUCCUGAUGUACAUGCACCAGGAGGAGGGCUCCAUCUUCAACCCGGCCCACAAAGAGGUGUAUCAGGACAUGCACCAGCCCCUCAACCAUUACUACAUCUCCUCGUCACACAACACGUACCUGAUGGAGGACCAACUCAGAGGACCCAGCAGCACAGAAGCCUACAUAAAAGCACUGAUGAAGAGCUGUCGCUGUGUCGAGUUGGACUGUUGGGACGGGGAUAACGGCGAGCCUAUUAUUUACCAUGGCUACACGCUCACAUCCAAAGUGCUCUUCAGAGACGUCAUCAAAGCCAUCAAAGAAUACGCCUUCAAGACGUCAGACUACCCAGUGAUCCUGUCUCUGGAGAACCACUGCUCCGUGGACCAACAGAAGCUCAUGGCCCAUCACAUGAUCUCCAUCCUGGGUGAUGCUCUGCUCACAAAGCCUCUCGGCAACACCAUGCCCACCAACUUCCCCUCACCUGCGGAGCUGAAGGGCAAGUUCCUCAUCAAGGGAAAGCGACUGAACAAACUGGAUGCUAUCUUCAACAAUAACGGCACCAUAGAUGAAGACACAGUGUCUGAGGAGGAUGAGGCGGCAGAUUGUAAGGAGAACGAACAAAAAACCAAACCAAAGAAAUCAAAAAUUAAACUUGCCAAAGAGCUUUCAAACUUGGUCAUCUACUGCAAGAGUGUCCAUUUUAACGGUUUCGAGCAUGCCAAAGAAAACCAGGCCUUCUAUGAGAUGUCGUCCUUCAAGGAGAGUAAAGCUUUCAACCUGGCUGAAACUUCAGGUACUGCCUAUAUCCAUCACAACAUGGACAAACUCAGUAGGAUCUACCCUGUUGGCUCCAGAACCGACUCCUCCAACUACAACCCAGUGCCCAUGUGGAACGUUGGCUGCCAGAUAGUGGCGCUGAACUUCCAGACUCCCUCCAAGGAGAUGCACCUAAACCAGGGACGGUUUCUGCCAAACGCUUCUUGCGGCUACAUCCUGAAACCUGAAUUUCAGAGAGACCUGUCCUCUCAGUUUGAUCCCAACACACUUUCCAGAGGGCCCUGGCUGAAGAGAAAGACCUUUAGCGUGAUGGUGAUCUCAGCUCAGCAGUUGCCCAAAGUGAACAAGGACAAACACAAAUCCAUUGUUGACCCUCUGGUGAGAGUGGAGAUCUACGGCGUUCCGGCAGACAACGCCAGCAAGGAAACACACUACAUUGAAAACAACGGGUUCAACCCAUCGUGGAAUGAGAGCUUCAGGUUUGACGUCCAUGUCCCUGAGCUGGCCAUGCUGCGGUUUGUGGUGGAGGACUAUGACUCAACAUCGCAGAAUGAUCUCAUCGGGCACUAUUGUCUACCACUCACCAGUGUACAGAACGGAUAUCGCCACGUACCGCUGCUCACCAAGAGAGGUGACGUCAUCUGCUCAGCAGGACUGUUUGUGCACCUCAUGCUUCUGGACGCCCAGUAGGCUCCCGUUUGGAAAACAUUCAUACCAGCAACAGCAUUUUUUUUUUCUUAAAUCGGAAACUCUAAGAGUUUGUUCAGUUUAAAAGCUAAAUAAUUUAACUAUUUCAAAAGAUUUUUUUAAUGGGAAAACAAGUUUGGCAUCUGCCAGGCCACAUGUGCUGACUUACCAUUGUUUGUUUAACACUGUAGGAUUUAGGGGGAUUUAUCGUCAGAAAUUCAAUAUAAUAUAAUAUUUUCUUUAGUGUUUGAUCACCUUAUAAAAAAAAUUGUCAUGUUUUUGUUAACUUAGAAUAAGACAUUUAUAUCUUCAUAGGGAGCAGGUCCUCGUCCACAGUGAUCGCCAUGUUGCACCACCAUGUUUCUACAGUAGCCCAGAAUGGACAAAGUAAACACUGGCUCUAGAAAGUGUUUACUGGUUUAAAUCACAGGGUCUGCAGAUAACACAGCUCCCGGUAGAUAGCACUAAAUCCACCUAAAUUUUACACACUGUGUGUUAAAAUAAAGUUUGGGUGUGGUAGCAAAAAAAGAGUGAAUGAAGUGAGAGGGCAGUGUGGGAAAUAAUUUAAUUGAUUGAUUGAACUGUAUUUGUCAUAUUGGGGGGAAGUAAGGUCUGAAUUCCAGCUUACAAUCAGACAGCUGACAAAAAAAAAAGUACAACUGACACUUAACAGUUAAGUGGCGAUUUUCUUUCUCCCAAUUUUAAUGCCAUAAUGAUGUUAGUCAGUGGAGCAACAGUAUAUCAGUCUGUGUGCAUGUAUUUAAGGAUUCAUUUAUUUUUUAUGUCCUGCAGAGGUGACUGCUCCACCAUGUUUGUCAAUAUUUUCAUUUUUUAAUAGGCCUAAAACCUCCUUUUUACUGUUGAUGUGAAGAGCAUAUCAAAUUAACUUUAUCAUAGAACAUGCUCUAAACAUAUUGAACCCUGAUUCACCUUGUCAAGUAUUUCAUGUCAAACAAAUCUUGUUUUAAAUAACAUCUGUCAUUUAUCUGCAUUUGCACUAGCUCUCAAAUAAAACCGGCAGAUUCUCUUAUUGAAA